UACAAAGGUCUCCACCGCUACUGCACUGUAUGUAACAGAAAUUGGAAACUGCGAACAGAAAUGCAGGUGUGGAAAGAGAUCAGUCAAGAUGAGCUCGAGAGGCAGUAUUCCCCCAGCCGGUGGUCUCAUAGAAUGUCUGCAGAUGAUGUGAUAAAAGCCCAUGUGGCAUCGUUGAAAGCAGGUACAGAUAAAGCUCGAGCGGUCGCUCAGACACUGUUGGAUGUCCCGUAUGGGGAGGGAGAGGGAGAGAUUUUGGAUGUCUACAUGCCCAGUAGCUCCUCCCCAGAUGUCCCACUGGUCAUCUACUUACAUGGUGGGUACUGGCAGUUUCUGAGUAAGGAAGAGUCUGGUUUCAUGGCUGUCCCAUUGGUCAACAAAGGGGUUGUUCUGGUUGCUGUUGGUUAUAGCAUAGCUCCUAAAGGCAAUAUGGAUUUGAUGGUGUCCCAGGUACGCAGAAGUGUUGUGUCUGUCAUUCAGCAGUAUUCACAUAUUAGUGGACUUUACCUGUGUGGCCACUCUGCAGGUGCACACCUGGCUGCCAUGGUCCUCUCAACAGACUGGUCCCAGUACGACAUAUCUCCCCAAAUCAAAGGUGCAUUUCUGGUCAGUGGCAUUUAUGAUCUGUUACCCAUCCUCUCCACCUAUGUGAAUGAGCCUCUGAAGAUGACAGAGGAGGUGGCUUUAAGGAACAGCCCCAGUCAGCUGGUGACUCAGCUCAAGGCUUCCUCCCCCGUCUGUGAUAUAGUGGUCGCUGUUGCACAGAACGACUCUCCUGAGUUUCGGAAACAGUCAGAAGACUACUUCAAAGCUUUGAAAUCUGCUGGGCUUAAGGUUACUUUUGAGGAUGUUCCCAACACAGAUCACUUUAACAUCAUUGAGCAGUUUGUCGACGCUGACUAUCACCUUACACAGCUCCUGCUGAAGAUGAUGGGGAAGAGUUGAGAAGCCAUUAAUGCAAAGAUCAUCAGAUUACCCACAAUACACCUUUAUCAGAGCCUAGACUUCUGACUAAUUAACAUAUAUCACUGUGCUGCCCUUUGUCCAAAUCUGAUAAUAUGAAUAUUUCAGAUGUGUUUACAUCAGUAGUGUGUUUUUUUUUUUUUUACUUUUUUCUGUGCCAGUCUGGUUAGUUACACUGUUAUUCAGCAAGCAGAUGAGUGUUAUCCUGUCAGUAUGGAGGAACUGUUUCUGUGCCAGGAUAUUUUUGACUUAACCCUCAUCCUGACCAGCUGACCUGUUAGGUCAGCCACUGACGUGACAUAGUUGUAGGUUCACAUUUCAUAGUCUGAGAGUGUGUCAGUAUUUGU